AUGGAGGUCCGGGUGGAGACCUCUCUCAGGGAGUCUCCCGAGUUCUCUGGGAGGAAAACCGUCAAUGUUUGCGAAUUCGUAUCUCGCUACGCAGGUAUCAAGACUCUACGCAUGGUUAGUGACCCCCGGUCGUCAAUGUAUUUCCAUCCCGGGAGCGGAAAAUUUGCGGACAGUCUUGACACCCUUGUCGUCUGUCCGCUACGUGUCCAUACUAGAGCGGAGUCAGGCCCAGCAGUGUGGCAAGUGUCUGAAGAGUUGUCUGUGUGGAGACUUGACGAAGCUCUCGAGAUCGGACUGAGGGAGGAGAAGCAGGAUCAACGUCCCCUUCGCAUUGUCGUUGAAUGUACCCUCGACAAAAUUGAGGGGUGGGAGGAAGCGGAGAAGGCUUGUAAAGACCAUGGUGUCUCCUUAUCCAAAGAUAUGCGGCUCGAUUAG